AUGUCAGAUCCCCGCAGUACCGCUUCUCCAGAUCAAGAGACUUCAACCAUCAAAAGGGUAGGAGGGAAAGCCAAUGUAUCGUCAGCUUGUGGACCUUGUAAGAGGGCACAUCUGGCUUGCGACGUAGCCAGACCAUGUAAAAGAUGUGUGAAUAUGGGUAAAGAAGAUCAAUGUGAGGAUGUACCGCACAAAAAGAGAGGACGACCAAAAGUACCUAAACCCGCACUUGGUGAGCCAUAUCAUCGUGCUCGACCCCCACAACCGGACAAUGGCGGCGCCGGUAAAUGGAGAGGACCCUCGGCGUACGAUGCGCCAUACAUGUCUACAGUGGAUGCUCCACCACCACCGUUAGUCUCAAUGGGUGGACGUAACUCACCACCUAUACCUCGUCCUCUAGGCGUUGAAGGUGAUCCAGCAUUUUCAGCUCCCCCUCAGCCCAACUCCCCUUUCACUAUUUUUUCAACGACCGAGUUCAAGAUCUUGCGUGCUAGUCCAAUGUCAUAUCAUCUGAUAGGUUACCAUCCCAACGAAUUUGUCAAUCUCAAUAUGCUGGAUUGGAUACAUCCCAACGAUCGUCAUUUCGUAGAAAAUGAACGGAUACGUCUCAUCUCCGUUCCUUAUGUGGAAAGUCAGCUCAAAUCGACUGAGGUAACUCAAGCUGCCAUUACUCAAAGAACGGAGAUAGAAUUGUUAUCACCUGCAGAAGGGAUGAGAGAACCUUACCCCAACAAGAAUGUUAGAGUACUACAUUCCGAUGGUCGUUUCACACCAUUCAACGUCAGGCUUCAUCUUGGUGGUGGAUUAGGUGCUAGCUUAUGGCAACCGAACACUUUAGGAAGGAUAUACUUGGUUGUUUCUUUCUUACCUAUACCUCAACCUAGAGAUUUACCUCGGGAAGGACCUUCAUCUUCCACCUCGACUAUACAACCUGUACGACGAUCAUCCGGAAUGGCUCCUCCAACUCCUGUGACUCCUGUUCCCGGUCAACCCAUGACAGCUGUUCAAGGUUUACCUGGUUUCUCAGCAAUUGCAGCAGCAGCUGAUGCCCCUCAGACACGAUAUGAUCAACCCCCUCUCCCUCAAGCGUACUACCCUCCUCCUCUGCCUCAACAGCAGCAGGGUCCAUCCAGACAACCGACAACAGCUCAACCUGCCUACCCAUACCCUCGUUCCGGUCCUAUGAUUAUACCUCCUCCCGGUGCUGGUAUCCCACCACCAUACGGUCGUAGGUCAGCUUCACCAAGUUCGACUUAUCGCACACCACAAACGUCGACUUAUCCGUUAGGUACACCGGAGUACCCCCAGCCCAUACCUCAUCAAACAGGUUAUUAUCCCCCUCAACCUGAGCAGUCUUUCCGCCGUCCGAGCGACGAUGAACAGUGGAGAAAUGCUAAUAUGGGUAGUAGUAAUGGUGGUGGCGGUAUUCCUGCGAUGACAGGGAGACCAGGUCAGGGUCAGGGUCAAGGUGUUCCACCUCAGAUACAUGGUCAAGGUCAACCAGUUCAACCUGGAGGUGGUAUACCGAAUGAUGGAAGUAGGAGAGCAUGGGAGUUAUGA